AUGUCGACAUGGCUCUCGGAUAUCGCGAAUUCCCAUAGACUUCAGUUGAGUCUGACAGCGGUGGCAUCAUGUUGUCUCGGCGUCGCAGCCGUAAUCGGUCUGCAGCAAGCACGGCGGCAGUAUGAAGUCAGCGAUCUCAAAGGAUCUAUCCCGGACGUGGAUGAACCACAUACGGUUGAACGCAUAAAUAGUUUCGGAGGCGCGAAGGCGCAUUCUGGAUCUUCACUGUCGGCCGAGGAGCGCGAAGACGAACGAAGUCGAGCAUUAGCCAGACGGGCACGCCUGGGAGAUUAUGACGAAGCUCUCAUCCUCGAACAACUCGCACGGAAUCGCGUAUUCCUCACAGAUGAAGGUCUCGCCAAAGUUCGGAAAGCAUUUGUCAUUGUCGUUGGCUGUGGCGGAGUUGGAUCACAUGCGGCUGCCGCGCUCGCUCGCUCUGGCGUUGGACGACUGCGACUGAUCGACUUCGACCAAGUCACGCUAAGCUCACUGAAUCGUCAUGCUGUCGCUACCUUGGCCGAUGUUGGUAUUUCCAAGGUCAACUGCCUUCAAAGGCGACUGGAGCAAAUUGUCCCAUGGACGCAGUAUGACAGCCGAAAUGAACUUUUCGGCGCUGCGACCGCUGCCACUCAACUCGGUCCUUGGGCCAGCGAUGGCCAGAAGCCAACCUUUGUCAUCGAUGCCAUCGACAACAUCGAUUCCAAGGUCGCCCUUCUUCAUUACUGUCACACGAAUGGUCUUCCUGUCAUUGCUUCAAUGGGAGCAGGAUGCAAAUCCGACCCCACCCGCGUCUUCAUAGGAGACAUAGCCACCUCAACCGACGACCCUCUCUCCCGCGCGACCCGGCGCAAACUCCGCAUCGCAGGCGUCUCCUCGGGGAUCCCCACCGUCUUCUCCACCGAAAAGACCGGACCGGGAAAAGCCUCCCUCCAGCCGCUCUCGGACGAGGAGUUCCAAAAAGGCGCCGUCAACGAACUCGGCGUGCUCCCCACGUUCCGCGUCCGCAUCCUGCCCGUGCUGGGGACCAUGCCCGCCGUCUUCGGCCUCUGCCUCGCCAACCACAUCCUGCUCUCCAUCGCCGACUACCCGGGCGCCCACGCCGCCGACAACUCCAUCGCCGCCAAGGCCCGCGAGAAGAUGUACGACGGCAUCCUGACCAACCUCCAGGCCCUCGAAGAACGGCUCGCGCGGCACCGCCACCGCGUCGACAACCCCGGAUCCCCCGGCGACCCGAGAUCCACCGCCGACGUCGCCGUCGGCCUGCGCAUCCCCGUCACCGCCAGCGACGUCGGCUACCUCGUCGAGGAAGUCUUCCGGGGCCGCAGCGCCGUCUCGGGGCUCGCGAGCCGGCUCGCGCUCGUCCGCUGGCGGGCGCCCCCCGCGGACAGAGACGACGCGUGGAUCGACCGGCGGGUCCCCGGACAGAAAGCGGUGAAGAUGGAUCUCGGCGAUUUGGUCUGCAUGACCAAGGACGAGGUGCUGCGGCAUGAGAAGUUGGUGCUGAGCGGGGAGAAGACGCCCGAGGAGGUCUAUGACAAGGAUGUCCUGGACCUCGUGGAGAAGAGGCAGCGAGAAGAGAGGGCGUUUCGGGAGCAGAGGGGCUGAGAACGGGGGAAGUGUCUGUCGGUGGGAGGAUCGCGUAGGCAUGUGUACAGAUGUGUAUGAGAUAUUGUAUUGAGGGGAACGUUGGUCUUCACGGGGUUUCUGUUGGUUUCGUUUUUCCCGCCACUCGUGAGGUUGUUAAUAUAGGGAGGGAAAACCAUUGUGCCACCUGCAUAUGAAGCAACACAGGAGUGGUAGACCCGAGCUGCGACUGUCCAGACGAUCUCAUCCGAACCAGCAACGAUCGCACCAAGCGAAGGAGAAGGAGAAGAAGACCGAAACGACGAUUGUCCAAUGAGUUUUCUGAUAUUUUUUUCCAAAUUACAGCCUAAGUCCUCUUCACCCUUUUCCCCAGGAGGAAUGGCAGAGGAAAAAGAGAUUAGAUAAGGUCGCCCCGCCC